CAUUAUUUUGGGAUUUAUCAUUGGAUUUCUUACUUACUUUACAUUCCAGACUUUAUUGACUUAUACUCAACAUUCAUUUUAUAUUUUUUAUAUAUAUAUUUAAAAAUGUUUAGUUUAAUGUUUGUUUUUACAGCACAAUGUUAUGAAAACGUUAGAAAUAUUUGAAGCUGUAUUAAUAUGUGCCAGUGCUGUAUCGUGUAUUUCAGUGACAUUGCAGGGAAUUUGUAACCUUGGUGUGGGGGAUGGGCUCAGUGGUUAGGUAACCUUUUGUGUGUCGUCGUUUCAAUGAGUUUAAGUCGUUUUUGUUUUUUUAUAAAGAAGCCGCUUAUAUAGGUUUAUUAAGUACGAUUUUUGUACUAUUAUCUUUAUGUUAUUUGGUCUUUUAUUGUUUGGUUGAACCACAAAGGUGUGGUUUGAUGGUUUAAUCUUUAAAACAAUAGUCCAAUCUUUAAUUUAAUUAUUCCCUUGGACUGUAUUGGUUAACGUAGUUGUAAAUAUUUCGGUUGGAGCUUGAUUUAAUCAGGCUUUGGAUGAGGUUGUUAAUGAAAACUGCUGUGUCAUUCAGGCGUUGGUUUCUGUGACCUUCUUAUAGGUGUUCGUGUUAGGUUUUUAUUGCUGAUGAAAGAUGUAAAUGAUGGCUUCAGCACAAACAUCGUUUAGUUAAAUUAUGUGUAAGGCCUGAUCUGCGCCCUUUCACAGCGUGUAACUGCGGGUCGUGGAGGCCUCGUUUUACAGGCUUGGCUGGUCUGACUGUUAAAAUUGUGGCGCUUUCUUCACCAAGUGUUGGGAUCUUACACCGUUUGCGCGUGUAAAUCGAAUAUACGGCGUUUUACAGGUUUUUCUUGACAUUGUGUGUUUUGAGUUGAGGGUUAUUUGAUCAUAUUACUGUCUCUCAACGUGCUUAAAGAUGGCGGCUGUGCUUCGUUUCCCUUAGAUAAAAAUGCGGAUGUACUGUUUAGUACAACGCUCGUGGGAAGAAGCCCUUGGCUCUUCGAGGGUACGCGUGACUGGAUGCAACAACCAAUAGGCUUCAUGGUAUUUACCCUGAAAGCCCGCGUUACAGCAGCUUUGACCAAUACCCGUCGUCGCUCUCAACACGUUGACGUAAUGUAAUAUGAUAUGGAGCAGGCUGGCUUCCUUGCCCUCGCUUUCUGUGGGGGAUAAUAUGGCGGAGCCAGUUGCAUACAGUAUAUCUUAAAGGCUGUAGAAGGGUGGACCAAUAGUGUUGUGCAACUUAUUUGACGGACAGGAAAAUCUUGCGAAUAGGCUGACCUGAAUUGCAGGUUGGAGAGUUUCAGUAUCCAGGGGUGUGGUCAUUUUAACUGAGGUCGUGAACAGCCAGUAGAAAUCCAAGGGGUGGGGACGUUUUGGGGUGGUGUGUCCAAUGGGUUUUGCGACGGGUCUAUAAAAAGCCGGGUGUAGUCGCAUAGUCGCCAUUUCAGCGAAGCAGAUUUGAAAGAGAGCUCCGUGGCGGGGAACGGAGAGAUCUGACGACUGGAGACGGAUCCUGGUUUGAGUGUAGCUAAAAACAGAAUCCGGAUCCAUCCCGAUGGAAAUGGCUGUUAACCCGCUCAUUGACAGCUCCCAUGUUGGGCCUGAUGCCAGUAUGUUGGGAAUAAUGAUGGAUCAGAACUGUGGCACAGCUGGAAAACGCAUCCGAAAACCUUCACUGCUCUACGAGGGCUUUGAGAGUCCUGGAAUGCCCCCCCACAGCCAGAUGACCCCUUCCGGGCCCCCGCAGCCCCCGGUGAAGGACCCCAACCGCCAGGGGAGGAUGACCAACCAACUGCAGUUCCUGCAGAAAGUCCUGCUCAAAUCUUUGUGGAGGCACCACUUUGCCUGGCCUUUUCAUGAACCCGUGGAUGCUGUCAAGCUCAGCCUGCCGGACUAUCACAAGAUCAUAAAAAAUCCAAUGGACAUGGGCACAAUUAAGAAGAGA